UUUGAAGUGUCUUCGGCGCUGGAAGCGGAAGUGCCGCACACGCGCGUGUCUUUUUCAUUCAUUGCGGGAGUUUGCAUGUGUUGUUCAGUGUGAUAUUGAUAUAUUGAUAAUAACUCGAGAUCAUAAUGAUUAAGGAUAACUGCUGGAAUAUCCCUGUAAACGCCCCGGCGUGUAUGGAGAGACACCUGGACGCGGUGGACUACAGGAAAGACGGGUCUCUGCUGCUGGGCGCCUCCAGUCUGUCGGGCCGCAGCUGGCAGGGCUCGGUGUGGGUGUACACGGACCCCAAACUGGCCCCCAGCGAGGGCUACUGUAAGGCGGGCGUUCAGACUGACGCCGGAGUCACGGACGCUCGGUGGAUCUCGGAGCGCGCGCUGCUCCUGGCGUCAGACGCGGGGUCGGUGGAGUUAUGGGAGCUGGCGGAGGACGAGCGUUUACUGGUGAACCGCUUCAGUGCGCACGAGCAUGAUGAUGUGGUGACGGGUGUGAGUGUGUGUGUGGGCGAGACACGCGUCAGCUGCGGUGCCGACUGCAGGAUCAAAGUGUGGGAUCUGAGCCAGGAGAGCGUCAUCAGCUCGUAUACCGGUGACUCACUCUCUGCGGUCAGCUGUGUGUCGUGCUCUCCUGCAGACGAGUCUCUCUUCCUGUCGUGUGCUCAGGACGGAAGACUGCUGUUGUGGGACAGACGGAAAGACAAACCCGCCUCUCGCCUGGAUGUGGUGUCUCCGAGCUGCAGUGCGACCGCCGUCUCCUGGCACCCGCAUCAGAGCAGCAGCAUCGCAUACGGUGAUGAACUGGGCCGUGUGACUCUGAGAGAUCUGCAGUCGUCAGACGGUGUACGAACGACACACACACACACUCGCAGGGUCUCGGGACUGAGCUUCUCCUCGGACAGUGCUCCUCUCCUGGCCUCUGUCAGCGAUGAUUGCUCCGUUGCCGUGGUUACUACAGAGCUCAGAGAAAUUUUCAGGGACCGGCGGCACCAGGACUUCGUGC